CAUGAAGAGGGCACCCGAUGCACAGGGAACUAAAUAAGGGCAUGCCCGAGGGCUGCUUUCCAAAACUGCCAGAAGAUAAAGCUGGGGCAGGGCACCCAGAAGCAAAAUGGAAACCAAACAGACCUGCUGGGCCUUCUCCCCCCUCUCAGCCUCAGCCCCUGCUGCCCUGUGCUGUGCCUACCCUCCCCUCCUCUCCAUUAAGACAAGGCCAAGUCCAUCCCCAUCCCCACCCUUCUUCCUCCCAUCCCCCUCCAUCCCCAUCCCCAUCCCCAUCCCUCCCCUCCCCUACCCACACACUCACUGUGAGCGCUGUGCAUUCCCAUUUCCAACUUGCAAUUCGGGCGAGUGAAGUGAAGUGAAGCUGCUCAAUUUGUUACCUGCCUGCCGCCCAGCAGCAGCAUGUAACCAAGCCAAGCAAGCCUCACCAUCACCGCCGAGGUCAUGCAAUGGUAAUUGACCGCCACUGGAGAAGGAGUGGAAAUCAGCCACCUCACUGGGAGUAAGAGUACCACCAAUUAGGACAGCCACAGUAGCUCUCCCCGGCCGGGCGUCGCCAUGCAGUCCGGCUACGGCGGCGUCUCCGAGUUCCAGCAGUUCAUCAUGGACGGCGGCUUCGCCAUGUCCGCGCCGCCGCAGCAGCCGCAGCCGCCCCAGCCCGCCGCCGCCCAGGAGCUUGGCGGGCCCUUCAGGUACCAGCCGCUGCACCACCACGCCCUGCCGCCGCAGCACCACCACCACGCGCCGCACAUGCCGCCGCACUUCGCCCACUUCGGCGCCCCCCCGCAGGCACCCUUCACGCAGCAGCUGCUGCACCAGGCCGCCGCCGCGGGGCACCACCACCACCUCCAGCUCUUCCACGAGCAGCACCACCACCACAAGCCCCCGCCGCCGCAGCCGCAGCAGCACCAGCCGCAGCAGUCGGCGCCGUCGAGAUGGGCUCCGCAGCACCACCACCAGCAGCCGCACCAGCAGCACCACCACCCACACCACCUGGGGUUCGACGUCGAGGCUGUGCCUGAGAGCUCCGGGGCGGGCGCCGGGAGCGCGGCCUCCGGCGGCGCGGCCCCUCCGGGCGUCCCUCCGUUCCUGGCGGCCGCCAUGAACUUUAAGCUGGCGGUCGACGCCGGUGGCGGCAGCGGCGCCACAGGGGGAACCGACGACGCCCUCAACGACGGAGGCGGCGGCGCGGGCAGCGGCAUGAUGCUCCAUGUCGGUGGCGGCGGCGGCGGCGGCGACGACGAGGCGGCCCCCGAGAGCCGGCUCCGGCGGUGGAACGGCGACGAGGAGACCUCCAUCAAAGAACCCACCUGGCGGCCGCUCGACAUCGACUACUUACACAGCACGAGCAGCAGCAAGAGGGCGCCGGGGAAGGAGAAGGUGGCCACGCCAGAGUCCCCCGCGCCGACUGCCGCGGCGGCCAACUACUUCAAGAAAGGCGACGACAAUGCUGCUGCCGCGGCCGCCGCUGCCGCUGCCGCGUCCGCGGGCGGCAGCAACUACAAGCUGUUCAGCGAACUGGAGGCCAUCUACAAGCCGGGGAGCAGUGGCGCAGGCGGCGCCCAGACGGGCUCCGGCUCCGGCCUCACCGGCGACGACAAUGCCAUCCUAGAGCCGGCCAUGGCCGACCUCCCGGGCGUGGCGGCCGCGGACGCGCCGCAGCUCAACACAUCUGAGACGUCGGCCGGGGAGGACGCGGCGGCGGUGGUGCAGCCUCCGCAGCCGCAGCCGUCGGCGGACGCGGCGCGGCGCAAGCGGAAGCGUCGGCGGCAGGAGCAGCUGAGCGCGUCGGCGUCCUUCUUCGAGCGGCUGGUGCAGCGGCUGAUGGAGCACCAGGAGAGCCUCCACCGGCAGUUCUUGGACGCCAUGGAGCGGCGCGAGCGGGAGCGCGCCGCGCGCGACGAGGCGUGGCGGCGGCAGGAGGCCGACAAGUUCGCCCGCGAGGCGACCGCGCGCGCGCAGGACCGCGCCAGCGCCGCGGCGCGCGAGGCCGCCAUCAUCGCGUACCUGGAGAAGAUCUCGGGCGAGUCCAUCGCCCUCCCGCCGCCCGCCGCGGCGUCCGGCGAUGACAUGAGCCAGGACGCGGCGGCCGGCAAGGAGCUGGUGCCCUACGACGGCGGCGGCGGCGGCGGCGGCGGCGUUUGCGGUGACACGGCGCCCGGCAGCGGUGGCGACGUGGGGUCGCUGCACCUGAGCACGUCGCGGUGGCCGAAGCACGAGGUGGAGGCGCUGAUCCGGGUGCGGACGGGGCUGGAGGGGCGGUUCCAGGAGCCGGGGCUCAAGGGCCCGCUGUGGGAGGAGGUGAGCGCGCGCAUGGCGGCGGCGGGGUACGGGCGCAGCGCGAAGCGGUGCAAGGAGAAGUGGGAGAACAUCAACAAGUACUUCCGCAAGGCGAAGGAGAGCGGCAAGAAGCGGCCGGCGCACGCCAAGACGUGCCCCUACUUCGACGAGCUGGACCGGCUCUACUCGCGCACCGGCGGGCAGUCCAACAAUGGCAGCGCCGGCAGCAACAGCAAUGCCGGCGGCGGAGACGAGGCCAAGGCGAGCUCGGAGCUGCUGGACGCGGUGGUCAGGUACCCCGACGCGCAGGGCGGCCCGCCCGGGUUCAUGUUCGACAGGGAGCAUCAGAACGAGGCCGGAGGCCGAGAGGAGGGCGCGGCCGACGAAGAGGAGGACGGUGGCAUUGCCAAGGGGAGGGCCGCCGACGACGAGGAUCAGGAUCAGGACGACGAGGUGGAGAGCCAUGGCGGCCACGAUGAUGAUGAGUAGCUAUAGCUAGCUAGCUGAUGAGCUGGAUGGAUGGAUCUAACUUGGAGUGAGUAGCUGCGUGCAUGGCAUGGCAUUGCCAUGCAUCUCCUUGUUAAUUUGCCUUGCUUAUUGAUCUGUUUCUUCUUUCCUUCUUUCUUGUUAUUAGCUGUUGUUACUACUACUUAUAUAUUAGCAGUACUACUACUAUUACUACUA